AUUAUAUUUGUCAAAAAAAAAAAAAGUCAAAAAAUGUCUGCUCCUUCUUCAAAGAUUUGCAUGAAUGGAUUGUGUGGAACUAAAUCCACUCCACAAUGGAAGAGAGGUUGGCCCAUGAAAGCCGGUGGUUUUGCUACUCUUUGCUAUUCUUGCGGAACUGCCUAUGAUCAUGUAAACUACUGUGAAAGAUUCCAUCUGAAUGAACCUGGUUGGAGGGAAUGCAAGUACUGUGACAAGCCUAUUCACUGUGGAUGCGUUGUUUCAAAGUAUCUUCAUGAAUGCCUCGAUUUGGGAGGAAUAUCAUGUAUAAAAUGCAUAAGAGCUAGGGGAACACAGGCUUUGAAACCAUUACAGAGCUACACUAAUGAGCGUCCUAAUGGGUUCGUUCCAUUUUCUGGCACUUGGCAACCCGUCAUUGGCAACCGAAUUAAUAAUGGUGCUACCAUUGAUAAGGGAAAAAUCACACAUUUAACUGAAGCUCACCAACCCUUACCUUCUAAUCCAUCCAUCGGUCACCAAAUCAAACAAGAUGAAAACCGUCUUUCUUCUAGUAAAGAAGUUGUAACAAUCUUUCCGAAUGCAUCAUCUUUAUUUCCAAAAUCAGAUAAUGGCAGAACCGAUUUAGGUUUUAAAGCUCUAUAUGAAUCAAUGCCUCAACCAGCUAUAAAAUAUUCUAUUGGUAAUGCUUUGGGCACUACAACGUCUUCUGUAAACCCUAAUUCUGUUGGAGGUGUGGAUGGAAGAGAACCUGCAAAAGUUCCCUCUUUCAAGCAAGGGCAGAGGUCGCGCCUUACAUUUUCAAAACCAUCAAAGUCUGGGGUUAAUAUAAAGUCGCAGUCAAAUAAAGGGGUGGUUUCAGAAAACAGAGUUGCAAGACCACCUGCUGAAGGUAAAGGCCGAAGCCAGUUACUUCCAAGGUAUUGGCCAAAGAUGACUGACGAAGAAUUGUUGCAGAUAACUGGGGACUUGAAGUCCAAUUGCACUAUUACUCCAUUAUUUGAGAAGAUUCUGAGUGCAAGUGAUGCUGGUCGAAUUGGUCGGUUGGUGCUGCCUAAGGCAUGUGCCGAAGCAUAUUUCCCUGCUAUUCAUCAAUCAGAAGGUUUGCCAAUAAGAAUUCAGGAUAUAAAGGGGAAAGAGUGGACAUUUCAGUUCCGGUUUUGGCCCAAUAAUAACAGCCGUAUGUAUGUAUUAGAGGGUGUAACUCCUUGUAUACAGAAUAUGCAACUGCAAGCUGGGGACACAGUUAUAUUUAGUCGACUGGAUCCAGGCGAAAAGCUUGUUAUAGGUUGUCGAAAGGCGACGGUUUCUAUUGAUACACAGGAAGGUGAGGCACCAGCUGCUAAUGGUGUUGCCAGUGAUGCUGCCGUUGCUGGGGAAACUUCAGCUGGGAAUGGAAACCCGCCUACAAAAACUGUGGAGAAUGAAGGUGUGACGAAUGGGGAUCAAAAACCAUUGAUCCAAGAAAAGAAGAAGACUCGUAAUAUAGGAUCGAAAAACAAGAGGUUGCUGAUGCAUAACGAAGAUGCCAUGGAGCUGAAGGUCACGUGGGAAGAAGCACAUGAGUUGCUACGCCCGUCCCCUACUUCUAACCCAACUAUCUCCAUGAUCGAAAAUUGCGAAUUUGAAGAAUAUGAUGAGCCACCAGUUUUUGGCAAAAAGACCAUAUUCACAAUGCAUGCAUCUGGGUCACAAGAACAGUGGGGUCAGUGUGAUAGUUGCUCCAAAUGGAGGAGGUUACCUGCCGAUGUUCUUCUCCCUUCAAAGUGGACAUGCUCAGAUAAUGUUUGGGAUAAAGAGAGGUGUUCAUGUUCGGCUCCGGAUGAAAUAAGCAUAAAGGAUUUGGAACGGAUUUUUAAAUCUGCCAAGGAUCCCAAGAAGCGAAAACUUGCAGACGGGAAGGCAGUUGAAGAACAAGAGCCUUCUGGACUAGAUGCAUUAGCUACUGCUGCAGUAUUAGGAGAAAGCAUAGGCGAAUUUGCUGAAACUUCAACAGGUGCCACCACGAAACAUCCCCGUCAUCGUCCUGGAUGCACUUGUAUAGUAUGUAUUCAACCUCCAAGUGGUAAAGGAAAACACAAACCCAAUUGCUUCUGCAAUGUCUGCCUGACAGUCAAACGUCGUUUUAAAACCUUGAUGCUUCGAAAGAAGAAACGGUUGUCGGAUAAGGAGGCAGAAGAUACCCAGAAAGCACUAGCAGCAGCUCUUAAUAAUGGACCAGCAUCGGGAAGCAGAAAUGGUAUCGGGAUUAUUGAUCAGACUGGGAUGGUCGAAGUCGAGGUGGGUGAGAGCAGUAGUAGCAAAGUAGGACAACAGUUGGAUUUGAAUUGUGAUCCGGAUAAGGAUGAAGAAAUGACCCUGGUUGAUGCUAAUGUUUCAGGAUUUACCCCAGGAUGGGAGAAUGUGUUUGCAGGAGUCGUACCCUGUUCGCUAACUAAAACUACAAUUGAAAUCGAUGGACACCCUCAGCCUCCGGUUGAAGGGCAACCUUCGCCUUCUUCGUUGGCCUCUACCCAGCCCCCUGCAGACAAAAACCUACUCCCAGUGGAUGAUGCAGUGGAGCGGGAUAUAGCCGAGAAAGUUGUAGAAGUGUAGAAGAUGAGUGAAUCACACCCCACCCCGGGCAGGGACGGCACCCUGUGACAUCAAUCAGAUUCUAGAUGGUGGAUGUCAGGUUGUGCUUUGAGUUUCUGAUAUAAGUUAAGCUUGUAGUUUUGACUUGGUAGUGUGAUAAAAUCUCAGAGGGUACUGGUUGAGUUUAAAUUUUUUUUUUUUUUUUUUUUUUUAUAAAAAUCUUUUUAUGAUGAAUAUAUGGUUGAAAAUCUGGAAUGGAGGAGAUAUGAUGGUACGAGUGCGAUAUAUGAGGCCAAAAAGUUGGAAUUGAGUCCAUGAGAGAGUGAGUUACAUUAGGUGUAUCUGUUGUUUUUUGUGAAGAGCCUGUAUUUCCUAUGCCGGAUUUACAUGGUCGCUGGCGUAUGCUUGUACAUAUUUGGAAUGUUUUUGUAGCGUAUGUUUUAGUUUCAGAAAGACAAUAUUAUUACUAUUUAUGUUC